UUCAGUCUUGGCUCCAUUUUCUUCUUUUGUUCUAUUUUGUGUUCUUCUUCCUUAUUCAUCUGUAACCGUCAUGGUCAAGAAACCGCUCGGAAAGAAGGGCGAGAAAAAAGUCAUCAAAGCCAACCGACCCGCAAGGGCUGAUUGGAAGGAAGGCGUCAAGAAGAAGCAGGUCGGUGUUUCCGACAUGACCUUGCUGUCCAAAAUUACAAACGAAGCCAUCAACGAAAACUUGAUGAAAAGAUGGCAAAAUGGAGACAUUUAUACAUAUAUUGGGCAUGUGCUUAUCAGCGUCAAUCCAUUCAAAGAUUUAGGCAUCUAUACCGAUGCUAUUCUUUCGAGUUACCGAGGCAAAAACUUAUUGGAGAUGCCACCUCACGUAUUCGCUAUUGCCGAAUCGUCCUACCAUCAUAUGAAUAGCUACAAAGAGAAUCAAUGUAUCAUUAUUAGUGGUGAAUCCGGUGCGGGUAAAACUGAGGCUGCCAAGCGCAUCAUGCAAUACAUUGCGGCUGUAUCGGGGGACGGAGCAAGCUCGUCUAUCAAGGAAAUCAAGGAGAUGGUGCUGGCCACGAAUCCUCUUUUAGAAAGUUUUGGCUGUGCAAAAACCUUGAGAAACGACAAUUCGAGUCGACACGGCAAAUACCUAGAGAUCCAGUUCAAUUCCCAGGGAGAGCCUGUAGGUGCGGUGAUCACCAAUUAUCUGCUGGAAAAGAAUCGAGUGGUUGGCCAAAUUGAAAAUGAGCGAAAUUUCCACGUGUUUUACCAACUUACAAAGGCAGCACCCCCCGAGUAUCAGGAGGCUUACGGUCUGCAAGGUCCCGAAAGUUUCCUCUACACCAGUCGUAGCAAUUGUUUGGAUGUGAGCAGUAUCAAUGACGUGAACGAUUUUCAGGACACUCUGAAAGCAAUGGCUGUGAUUGGAUUAUCCAAAGAAGAACAGGACGAGAUUUUUAAAAUGCUGGCGAUCAUUCUGUGGUUGGGCAAUGUGAUGUUUGCAGAGGACGACAACGGCAAUGCUGUGAUUGCCGACGCCGAUGUGGCGAAUUUCAUUGCUUAUUUGAUGGAGGUCGACAGCGAGUCUUUGAGCAAGGCACUUACGAGCCGUGUCAUGGAAACGCAGCGAGGUGGAAGAAGAGGAAGUGUAUAUGAAGUACCCCUCAAUAUUACUCAAGCUACCGCUGUACGUGAUGCGUUGUCCAAGGCCAUCUAUGAGCGCUUGUUCGAAUGGAUUGUGGCUCGCGUGAACGUGUCACUUCAAACGCGAGGAGCGGCUCAAUAUGUGAUCGGUGUGCUGGAUAUUUACGGUUUCGAGAUUUUUGAGGACAACAGUUUCGAGCAAAUGUGCAUCAAUUACGUGAACGAAAAACUGCAGCAGAUUUUCAUCGAAUUGACGCUCAAGGCCGAACAGGAAGAAUAUGUUCGUGAACAAAUCCAAUGGACCCCCAUUAAAUUUUUCAACAACAAGGUCGUAUGUGACCUUAUCGAAGAAAAGCGUCCCCCGGGUAUUUUUGCUGCGUUAAACGAUGCUUGCGCUACUGCGCACGCCGAUUCCGGCGCGGCCGACAACUCCUUUGUUCAGCGUCUUGGUUUCCUUUCAUCCAACCCUCAUUUUGAAUCGCGCGGAUCGAAAUUCUUGGUGCGUCACUAUGCCGGUGAUGUGCUUUACAAUGUGGAAGGCAUGACGGAUAAGAACAAGGAUUCCCUCUUGAAGGAUCUGCUGAACCUUGCUGCUGGUUCAUCCAAUCAGUUCAUUUCGCAAACCUUGUUCCCGGAGCGCAUCGAUCCCAACUCCAAGAAAAGACCACCGACUGCAGGUGAUAAGAUCAAGUCUUCUUGCAAUGCCCUCGUCGCCAAGCUGAUGCAAUGUCAUCCAAGCUAUAUCCGAACCAUCAAACCCAACGAUAACCGAAGUUCCACCGAAUACGAUCAAAAGCGUGUCCUCCAUCAAGUGCAAUACCUUGGUUUAUGCGAAAAUAUUCGUGUUCGUCGUGCCGGUUUCGCUUAUCGUACGACAUUUGAAAAAUUUGUCGAACGUUUCUAUCUGUUGUGUCCAAACACCGGCUAUGCUGGCGAGUAUAUCUGGCACGGGGACGCUGUCAGCGGUGCUAUGGAAAUCUUGAAGCACAAUAACAUCCCUGCGGAUGAAUGGCAAAUGGGUACUUCGAAAAUCUUUAUUAGACACCCCGAAACGAUUUUUGCACUUGAAAAUCUUCGCGACAAGUAUUGGCAUAAUAUGGCGACACGUAUCCAGCGGGCAUGGCGAGCGUAUGUCCGCUAUAAGCACGAAUGUGCUCGCAAGAUCCAGCGUUUUUGGAGACAGAACAAAUACAACAUUGGGUAUUUGCAAAUGCGUGAAUAUGGUCAUCAAAUUUUGUCCGGCCGCAAGGAACGAAAACGGUACUCUUUGCUGAGUAUGCGUCGAUUCACCGGUGAUUAUCUUGACGUCGGCUCCGGUAGCGGCGUGGGCAAGAUGGUCCGAAAUGCAAUUAAUCUACGCGGCGGCGAAGAAGUGGUGUUUAGUAUGCGCGGCAGUAUGCUGGUACCUCGAGCUAUGCGAUCCAGUGUUCCAAGCCCUCGUACUUUUGUUUUGACGAACCAAAACUUGCAUAUUGUAAUGACGACAAAGAGCGGCAAAGUGGUGCAAAUGGUAGACGAAAAGGUGUUGUCCUUGAACAUCAUCAAUAGUGUGAGCGUAUCCACACUUCGUGAUGACUGGAUGGUGCUUCAUCUGGAUUCGUCCCCUGAUGGCGAUUGUAUCAUCCACUGCAACUUCAAGACGGAACUCAUGGCACACAUGCUGCAACAAUCCGGUGGCCGUAUCCGAGUCAACGUUGAACCGCAAAUUCAGUACAAGAAGAAGGGCGGAAAAAUGGUCACCAUGAAGUUUGUCAAGGAUGAGAAAGUGCAGGGCGAUGCGGUCUACAAGAGUCACGUCGUUCAAGUCUCAAGCGGUGAACCGCCCAACAGUCAAUCAUAUCCUCCUUGUGCUGUGAAGCCCAAGACGACAUCUUCUCGCGCACGUACAACGGCUGCUCGGAAACCAGCAGCAGCACGUUCAGCCCCUCGAUCUGCAGCGGCUGCACGUCCAGUUUCCAAUGUUCAGUCUAUAUCCAGCCAACGUCCAACCCCACCGCCACCUGCCGCAGCUGCUGCCGCACCGGCACCACCAUCGCCUCCAGCAGCACCCUCGCCAACAUUACCUCAGUAUAAAGCUAUCUAUCCGUUCCAGUCACAAGAAGAGGGAGAAAUCGCAUUUGAAAAGGAUGACAUUCUGGAAAUUGUUGAAAAAGAUGAAAACGGUUGGUGGUUGGCUCGCAAGGAUGGUCGUGAAGGAUGGGUUCCAAGCAAUUACCUUGAAGAAUAUGUUGCGCCUAAACGUGCACCACCGCCACCGGCACCACCAGCUCGUCGUCCUGCUCCUGCUGCCCCUCGACCAGCCAGUAACGCCGGAAACGGGUCGUUUGCUAGUCCUCGUGCCAGUAUGAAUAACAAUGGACCUGUGCACGUAAUGCCUGGCAUGGGCGGUCCUCCUCCUAGCGGUGGCAGCGGUAUCCCUCCUUGGAAAGCACAGUUGGAAGCGAGAAAAGCAAGCAGUGAACAUGUGUCGCCAACACCUACACCGGGGCCUCGUCCUGGAUCCGCAAAUGCCGGACCUACACCCGCUGCCCGAAGAGUGCCGCCUGCUCCAGCUCCCAAACCGGCCAUUCCAGUGAAACCAAGCACCAUGAGCAAACCUGUGGUACCUGCUAGACCCGGUGCGGGUGGUGCUCCUUCACCUGCACCUCGCGCACCACCCCGUCCCGGUUCCAGUACUCCAGCCUCCAAUGCAGCUGCUUCAUUAGCCGAUGCGAUACGCGCAAGAAGACAGCAAGCCACCAGUUCGCACGAGGCGGAUGACGAUUGGUAGACCAGCAAAAGCAAAUCCAAAAAUAGUCAGUUAAUGUAAUUAUUUUGCUUUAAAAGAUCUGAGCAUCUCUAGAUUUAUUUAGUUUGCAUAAGAUCCAUAAAUAAAAACAACUAAAAAAGUUAAGGGGAACCAACAAGUUAGUGCAGAAAGCCAAAUUUGGCACAUGAGGAAAGCCAAAAAGCCGGCGGCAAAUAAAAUGCUGAUGACGUUGACGAGCGGAGUUGGGAGGGACAAACUGGAAGCUUUUUUGACAUUUUGAAC